ACAUAUUGGUUAUACAGGUUAUACUGUGUUGUUACCGGGUUUCACCCUUUGCUUACGAGAUUACGAGUUGAAUUCUCUACACGAAAAAAGUUUUAUACAUGUUUGAUGUUUAAAUGAAUUCAAUAAGAAUAAUAAUAGAAAAUUAAAGCAAUGGUUGUAAUUUCGAGGAUAUUCUCUCGCGGUUAUAGCGGUCUGCGAACGGCGAAAGUACUACGUCAUGCAGUUAGGGGAAAUUCCUCCACGGCCGCUCAAGAUUCGAUACAAGAAGCGCAAAAUAACAAAAAGAUACCAGAACGAAACGUUGAGCAGAAGAAAACGAUCCCAGACAGAUAUCGAUUCAUUUACCCAGAAUUUCUACCGGACCCUGACCCCAAGUAUCGUAACACACUCCGAGAAAAGCUGGAGCGCAUGGAUAUGCUAGCAAGGCGCACGCAUAUAGCGAUACCCGAAUUCUAUGUUGGUUCCAUAUUAGCUGUGACUUAUUCUGAGCCACACGCUCCUGGAAAGGUCAACAAGUUUGUUGGCAUAUGCAUCGAGAGAGCAGGAUGGGGAUUGAGAGCCACGUGCCUGCUGAGAAACGUGGUUGAUCAUCAAGGAAUCGAAGUGCUUUACGAGCUAUACGAUCCUGCGAUACAGAAGAUAGAGUGUCUCAAGCUUGAGAAAAGAUUGGAUCCACAUCUAAGAUACCUGCGAGAUGCACCGGCAGAAUACAGUACCUUCCCUUUCGACAUGGAACCGGAAUAUUUGCCGGACGGUGCACCGAUACCUGUAAAUGAGAUCAAAGUGGAGCUCAAUCCUCGUCCAUGGUUAGAGAAAUGGGAACGUCAAGAGCUGAAAGGCAUAACAGAGCUUGAACUCGAUGAAAAGCGUAUUAGAAAAGCCAAGGCUGCAGAAAAGCCCUGGGAGAAGUACGAUCUGAUGAAAAGAUAUCGGGAAACCAUUCCCGAGGAGGAUCAGAAUGAAAUAUUUAAUGAAGUGUAUACAAAAUUACAUGAAAUGGAAGUUACCAGACGUAGACAAAAACAUAAGCGCGCGUUCACACGUCCAAAGAAAACUGGAUGAGCCUUUGAUUGGGUACAGCAUUUUUCAGUCCAUAAACUUUAAUGAUCAAUAAGUUUCUUUGUAUUGGGAAGUGAAAAAUAUACAAUAGAAACUGGAAAACUCUAAUUCUAUAUUCAAUAUUGUAU